AUAUCACAGAGAACAAGACCCGAAUAAUAAAUCUCCUAAUUACCAUUAAAAUAUCACAUAGAUAAGUUUUCAAUUUCCAUUUUGUUGCAAUCAGAGAAAACCUUAACAAGAUUGGUAGCGUAGAAAAAUGAUGCGGCUGCGAACAUACGCAAGCUUGAGUUUGGUAGCGACAAUAGCAGUAAUUUAUCAUGCAUUCAACAGUAGAGGACAGUUUUAUCCAGCAAUGGUUUAUUUGUCAACAUCUAAGAUUAAUUUAGUUCUUCUGCUUAAUAUGGGGCUUGUUUUCAUGUGCAUUUUAUGGCAAUUAACUAAGCGCGUGUUCCUUGGCUCUCUUCGCGAAGCUGAAAUUGAACGGUUGAAUGAGCAGUCGUGGAGGGAGGUUAUGGAAAUUCUGUUUGCUAUUACUAUUUUUAGACAGGAUUUCUCGGUUACCUUUCUUGCUAUGGUUACCGCUUUGUUGUUGAUUAAGGCGUUGCAUUGGCUGGCUCAAAAGAGAGUUGAGUAUAUUGAAACUACCCCGACUGUUCCCAUGUUGUCUCAUGUUCGGAUUGUAUCGUUUCUCGGGUUUCUUCUGUUUUUGGACAGUUUGUUUUUGUAUACUUCUGUUAAGUAUUUACUAGAAACACGGCAGGCUUCAGUUUCUCUUUUCUUCUCCUUUGAGUAUAUGAUACUAGCAACAACAACAGUCUCCACUUUUGUAAAAUACGUUUUCUAUGUGAGUGACAUGCUAAUGGAAGGACAAUGGGAGAAAAAGGCUGUCUACACCUUCUACUUGGAACUCGUUCGUGACUUGCUUCACUUGUCCAUGUAUCUUUGCUUCUUCCUUGUGAUUUUCAUGAACUACGGUGUGCCUUUGCACUUAAUACGGGAGCUUUAUGAGACAUUUAGGAACUUUAAAAUUCGUGUUGCUGAUUACAUUCGUUAUCGGAAAAUCACUUCAAAUAUGAAUGAUCGAUUCCCAGAUGCAACACCAGAAGAGCUUGAUGUAAGUGAUGCAACAUGCAUUAUUUGUCGUGAAGAGAUGACCACAGCCAAAAAAUUACUUUGCGGGCAUCUCUUUCAUGUUCACUGCCUUCGUUCAUGGUUGGAACGGCAACAUACUUGUCCUACAUGCAGAGCCCUAGUUGUACCACCAGCUGAGCAUGGUGUAAGUUCAGCUGGAGGGCAACAUGGAUCAAGAUCAGAAGCUCAUCGGCAUGGGGCAAGUUCUGCAAAUACAGGAACUCAGGGCUCUGUUAGUGGCGUGGCUGAUAAUAACUUGAGUGGACAUCAGGCCAGACUCCAAGCUGCUACUGCUGCUGCCUCUCUAUAUGAGAAAUCUUUCGUGUACCCUUCUGCUAACACUCUAGUGUGGUCUCCUGGAUAUGCCUUACUUCCUCAGCCUCAAAAGCCCUUGGCUGACUCUACUAGUGGAGAACCCGCUGUCAUAGGGCAAUCACACUCGCAGCCUGCAUUCCACGCUGAACCUUCAAACUCGUCACUUCCUCAAUUUCCCAGUUACGUCUUUGUACCCUUACAGGUGCCUGGUGGCAGUGGAAUACAAGGAGAGGGGUUAGGAAGUACACCGAACUCUGAAUUAGAAGCUCAAAAAGAGCUCCUCCAACAGCAGAUUGAGGUCCUGCAAAGGCAGCUCCAAUCUCUACAUCGACCAAAAGCUGAGGAUAGCAUUCCUACGGAGAGUGCAAAAGCAUCAGAAAGCAAAGGCAAAGCAGUCGCAUCAUCACCGUCGGAUUGAUGCCUUGAGCAAUUGUAGUUGUAUAAUGAGGCUGAAUAGAAUCUUGUAUGUAUAGGCAAAAGAAGUAGAGAAGAUCCUAACAGUGUUUUUCCAACUUCCUUUGUGGGCGGUUGCUUUUAUUUUUUUCAUUUCUUACUUUUUUAAAUAUUGUUCUUCUGUAACCUUUUCCUGUUGAAAAAAAAGAAAUGUUAUGUGUA